GGGACGAUCCCAAGCAGUGGUCCUCUUUUAUCACCGUGGGGGUCCAACGGUAAAACAUAAGGAGAUUUUGUUUUAUGGGUUCUGAAAGCAUUCAGGUGAUGGAACCUGUUUCAGCCUGUUUCAGCAGCGAUGUGGUGUCGGUCUGAGCUGGAGUAUCAUGAUCUCCCUUCUCUUCUUACAAACCGUCUCUUCCCACAGAAAAGAAGGAUGCAGGUUUUUUAUACAAGCUUCCAGUGACAUCAACUUAUUUAUCCAAGCAGUCUCCCAUGACUUCUGGCUGGAAUCCUACAAUUCCCAACAAGAAGUACACAAAGGAGGCCUAAUGGGAACCUACUCAAAGCAAACUCAAUACAUAUCUUGUUCAUCACUUUUCCAUAUUUCUGCAGCAUCAUAAAAACAAAUAAAACAAUAUCUCCACAUGGAUCAACUGGCCGAUUUGAAUCUAUAUGCAUUCCUGCAGUGUGUCACCACAGUCCCUGUGAUUGAUUGAGAGUGUCUUAUGACUGAAAACUGUCUGCAGUGAUUACGUUUUCAGAGACUCUUCACCAUCUGAAAGUGCCAACAUGAACACCACCGGCCACCUGGCAGCAGGCAGUUUGUGUGCCAUAUGUGGAGACAGAGCUACAGGCAAACACUACGGGGCAUCCAGCUGCGACGGCUGCAAAGGGUUCUUCAGACGCAGUGUCCGCAAAAACCACAUGUACUCCUGCAGAUUCAGCAGACAGUGUAUUGUGGACAAAGACAAGAGAAAUCAAUGCAGAUACUGCAGACUGAAGAAAUGCUUCAGAGCUGGAAUGAAGAAAGAAGCUGUACAAAAUGAAAGAGACCGAAUCAGCACCAGGAGGUCCAGCUACGAAGACAGCAGUUUACCAUCCAUCAAUGCACUCAUUCAAGCAGACGUUCUGUCACGACAGAUCACAUCCCCUGCUCCCAUAUUAAACGGUGACAUCAGGACCAAGAAGAUUGCUACCAUCACAGACGUCUGUGAGUCCAUGAAACAGCAACUGCUUGUCUUGGUGGAGUGGGCCAAGUACAUCCCAGCUUUCUGUGACCUGCCCCUGGAUGACCAGGUGGCUUUGCUUCGAGCUCAUGCAGGAGAACAUCUCCUGCUUGGUGCUGCAAAAAGGUCCAUGCUUUACAAAGACAUCCUCUUAUUAGGAAAUGACCACAUUAUUCCCAGAAACUGUCCGGAGCUGGAGGUGGGCAGGGUAGCAGUGAGGAUCCUGGAUGAACUGGUGCUUCCCUUCCAAGAGCUUCAGAUAGAUGACAAUGAAUAUGCCUGCUUGAAGGCCAUAGUUUUCUUUGACCCAGAUGCUAAAGGUCUGAGUGACCCAGCAAAGAUAAAGCGAAUGCGAUACCAGGUUCAGGUCAGCCUGGAGGACUACAUCAAUGACAGGCAGUACGACUCUCGAGGCCGCUUUGGAGAGCUCCUCCUGCUGCUGCCAACGCUGCAGAGCAUCACCUGGCAAAUGAUUGAGCAGAUUCAAUUUGUCAAACUCUUUGGCAUGGCCAAGAUCGACAACCUGCUGCAAGAAAUGCUUCUCGGAGGUUCUGCAAAUGAAGCUCCACAUGCGCCUCACUCUCUGCACCCUCACCUGGUUCAAGAGCACCUCAGCAGCAAUGUUAUUGUGACCAGCAACAUGCCAACACCGAUCCACAAUGGUCAAAUCUCCACUCCUGAAACCCCCAUCCCAUCUCCACCGACGGCCUCCAGCUCAGAACAUUACAAAAUGGCGCAGGGAGUCAUAGCUACCGUCCCCAAGCAGCCAACCUCCAUCCCUCAGCCAACCAUCACAAAGCAAGAGGCCAUAUAACAACUCUGUGAAUCCUUCAGCUUUUUAUAUGUCUUUAUAUGAAAGUUUAUUGAAGCUGUUAACUUGACUGAAACAUUAAAGUAUCUAAAUGUAAUUCUAACUUCCUUACAGAAAGCUUUCUGGGAUGGAUUAGGAAUAAACAGGUGUAGAUGAACUCCAUGAAAGCUACAGGAAACUAUAAACAUCAUAACUUUCCAAGAAUACUGCUGUUCUCUGAGGUUUAUGGUAGACAUGGUGAUCAUAUGAGUAUUUUAUAAAUGUUACAAGAAGCCUCACAUUGUUGCACAGUUUGUUUUUUUUAUGUUUGUUAGUGACAAAACAAAC